AUGGCUGAAAGUCUGAUGGACCAUCUUCAAUGUCCCACCUGUCUGGACGUCUUCAAAGAUCCUGUCAUUCUGCCGUGCAGUCACAAUUUCUGCCGUGCGUGUCUGCAGCAGUGGAAGGACAAAGGAGAAAGAUGGUGUCCACUCUGUAGGACAGAAAUGCCGUCGCUGGAUGCCCCUCUGAACCUGGCACUGAAGAAUCUGUGUGAAAACUUUUCAGGAGCCUCAGUCAAGUCAGAGGACAUCUGCAGCUUGCACCAGGAGGAACUCAAACUCUUCUGUUUGGACCACCAGGAGCUUGUGUGCCAUAUUUGUACAAAUGCGGAAAUCCACGUUGGCCACAAGAUCCGGCCCCUCGAAGAAGUAGUGAAAGGGCACCAUGAGGACUUCCAGAAAGGCUUGCAAAAUGCCAAGGAAAGACUCAGAGAUUACGAAAACUGUUUAGAGAACCGCAAUGAACAGGCAGAGUACAUCAAAGUCCAGAGGAAGAAAGUCGAACACAAAAUUAGGAAGGAUUUUGAGGAGCUCCGUCGCCUCCUCGACGUCGAAGAGGAGGCCAGGUUGGCUGCGGUCAGGGAGGAAGAGAAGAAGAAGAGUCGGACCCUGACGGAGAAGAUCUUGGCUCUUGACGGACAAAUGACCGCACUCAUGGAUGCCAUCAGUAGCACAGAGGGGCAGCUGGCGUCUAGCAACUUUUCCUUCAUGAAGAACUUCAAGACUGCAAUGAGUAGGAUCCAAGAGCUGCCCGAUAAACCAGAGCUGAUCGGAGGAGGUCUGCUGGACGAAGCCAAACAUGUGGGCAACCUCAAAUUUAAGGUGUGGGAGCGGAUGAAGGAGACGCUCGCCUACAGUCCCGUCAUUCUGGACCCCAACACGGCCCAUCCAAGAAUCAGUCUGUCAGAAGAUAUGACCAGUCUGACUUUAAAAGAAGCAGAGCAACAGCGUCCAAACAAUCCAGAGAGGUUCAAGGAGGAGAAGUAUGUGGUGGGUUUAUCUUUGGACUCGGGAAGAUUCGUGUGGGACGUUGAGGUGGGAGACAACAAUGCCUGGCAAGUGGGUGUCAUGUGGAUGGACCCUUGUUUGCCAGAUAAAAUGGGUGGUUGGUAUACUGGAUUUUGGGAUGGAAAAUACAAAAAGCCCGAUGCCGCAUAUGGAGUAUGGAAUCCGCCUGUCAAAGUGCAGAGGAUCCGAGUUGAAUUGGACAUAGAUGAAAGGGCGGUGUGCUUCUCUGAACCUCCUACAAACACCAUAUUGUGGAAAGUUAGAAGAUUUUCCAAUUGGCCAGACUUGUCCGGGAGCUUUAAAAUGUUUCCUUAUUUGUGGACAAAUCAUGCAAGUCCUCUAAAAAUAAUCCCCUAUCCACCUCAGUCCGGGCUCAGUUAG